UCUCUUAAAUAGAGAUAAUUGGGAUUUUUUGUGUUUUUUUAGGGUUUCAAUGGUGGAGACAAAGAGGAGGAAGCUAAAUUAUUACCACCAAAACCCGAAUAAAAUCCAUGUACACUUCCCACUGUCUUCAAUUUCUGUUUUAUUUUUAGGUUGGGAAAUCUUUGUUGAUUAAGGCUUUAAAGAACAAUCGCAUAGAUCAAAUUCAUGGCCAAAUACGAGACCCCAGUACAAUAGUAUCAGGUAAUUGAAGACCGAUACAGUUUGUGGAGUGUCCUAAUAAUAUGAAUGGCAUGAUUGAUGCUGCAAAGUACGCAAACGCGGGGAUAUUGCUCGUUGAUGCAUUAUGGGUUUGAAAUGGUGCAUAUUGCUGGUGUUGGUGAUUACCCUUUAGCUGAUGUUACACUCUUUGCUGAUGUUACACUCUCAGCUGACCCUAUCCGUUUACCGCCAGUUGCCGGCAAUGAUAAGCAGAUGCAGAUUAAUAUAGAAGAACCACACUUGGAGAUUGAAAGUUUCAGAAGAGGGGCUUACCUAAUGUUCAACAAGGCACCAUUUCGGCUGAUGUACUCAAAUUUAACCACACUGUGAAGAUAAUUGAGAAAAUCAAGCGGAUUGGAACUCCAUGCUUGAUUUUGAACGAGACUGCUCUUAUCAAGGACAUGUUUACAUCAGAUGAUGAAGUCGAUCGGUUUAGAGAUGUCAAAAUUAAUACUGCGCAUGGAAUUCGGUGGAAGAUUAAUGAGGCUGCAGUGAAAUCAGAGCUCCCUAUUAGAUUGCGACGGAAUGAUGGUCAACCUAGAGAAGGGAUUGCAAAGUGCCCAUUUGAUUGCACAAUUUGUAUGAGUGAUACCAUUCACUCGUCUGAGUGGACCCAAAUUGAGGUUCCUUGCAACUUCCACCCACUAACGACGCCCCUGGAACCUGGCAAUCUUGUUUGGCAGGAUUCAGUCAAUAAGAGGCAAAAGAAGCUGAACGAAUCCGAUGAAAGUAAACAUGUGUUGGUGAUAGAGGAGAAAAAGAUAGCAACAGAGAAUGUGAGAAAAAGGUGCAUAGAUAUUUAUGGAGAGAAGCUCAAGGAUGGUCCAGGGCAGAAGCGGCAGAAGAUCGAACAACGGCGUGCAGUGAUCAUUGUCCACCCGAAGCUGUUUGGUUCGGGGUCUGGGUUGCGUGCACAGUGGGUGGCACCAUUUCGGAUUGUAGCAACAGCUGAUGUACUCAAGAGUUACCACACUGCGAAGAUAGUUGAGAGAAUCAAGCGGAUUGGAACUCCAUGCUUGAUUAUGAACGAGACUGCACUUAUCAAGGACAUGUUUACAUCAGAUGAUGAAGUCAAUCGGUUUAAAAAUGUCAAAACUAAAACUGCGCAUCGAAUUCAGGGGAAGAUUAAUGAGGAACCAGUUUCUAUUUUAGGAACAGCUGAUGUACUUGAUUUUAACCCCUCUGCGAAGAAAAUCAAGCCAAUUGGAACUCCUUCCCUGAUCUUGAAUGAGACUGUUGUUAUCAGGGAUAUGCUUAAGUCAGACAAUGAAGUUGAUCGAGUUACAGAGAUCAAACUAAAACUGCGCAUGGAAUUGGCGGAGAGGUUAUUAAGGUUAUUGGACAAUAUAAUGGAACCACCAUCAUUGCUGCUAUCAACAAAACUGGGAUGUACUUUAUUGUUAACGGGUUGGCUUACCUAUUGAUCGAUACAGAUACUGCCGAGAAAAUAAAAAAUGUAACCAGGGCUAAACCUCACAAAGGAGAUUAUCCCAAGCUUUUCCAGCUUGGUGAAGAGAUGCUAGUUUCAGUUCAUGGCUCGAAUUUCUGGUCCAAUCAUAUUUUUGAUUAUCUAAAGCCAAAGGUUGAAGGAAACAAGUCGGAGUGGCUUCCCCAAAAUUGUGCAGAAGAGACUCAAAAAAUUCUUAAAGAACAUGUUUUUACGGAAGACGAUUUGGUGAAAGAAGGAUUUCCGAAAGAAUAUGAUAUGAGUAAGGUUGGCUGUGGAAUUGUGUUUGGUGCUUACAUUGAAGACCAGGAGAAGGGGAGAGUCCCUAGUAUGUGGUAUGCUAAUAGAGACAACUGUAUGGAAAUAAUUGAUGCUGACCGUUGUGAUGGAACGAUAGC